CGCCUUUCUCGGAAACGGUCUGGGCGCGAAAUUCACUUCUCCACACAAAUCUGAGGUAAAUCCCGGAGCCGUGUUUAAUCUGAAGUGAGAAAAAUGGCUAAGUGUUAUAAAAAAGAGGAAGAGAGGAGUGGACUGGAUACGGACACCACUCAGAUGAAAACUGAAAAUCACAAACACAGCUUGAGAUUUCGUGACGAAUUCAAGAAAUACACAGUGACCUGUGAUACGCCUAGGACCAUCCUAGAGACACUUCAGACAGACUUCUAUUUUAAAGCCAUCUGUAAGAAAAAACAGAAUGGGAGAAAUAAGGAAAUAGUCAUCAGGAGAGAGCAGAUGCCCAGAGCUGCUGUGACACCACAGUUCCCCUGCUGUUUGCUCAAUGACAACGAGCUUCUGGACCUCAAGUUCAUCAGAUCAGGUGAAAACAGCAAUACAGCGAAACCGCCAAAAUUCACUGUUCACCCACGUGAAAAUCUGGUUUGUUUCUACAUUCAGACUAGAGGUGAUGAAAAUAUUCGUAGGCUGAUGAAGAAUAAUAAGCUGCAAAGAACCGUGGAUUAUAUGUGUGUGUAUGCAGUGAAGGGGGAGAAAGUGAAAGUGGCACUAAAGCGUGAUGGGAGAUUUAACGGCGUGAUUUUCAGAAAAGGAGCUCUCUAUGAGCAGGAAACCGAGAGCAUCAUUAAUCUCUCUAAUCUUGUUGAUCAUCUGGAUGGAAAGCAGUUUCAGGUCAAAGUCUCUCCUCACCCGACAGGCAGCCAGGAGUCGAGCCAGGAGCUGAGUCAGGAGUCAGAAGAAAUAGUGAAGGAUGAAAAAAGUGAAGCUCCUGAAACUCCUCUAGAAGAAAUAACUAACCAAAACUCCACCACCGCUCAAGAGAAAAAAACAGAUGCACCACCGAAAGAAAAGAAGUGGAGAAAAUUCCCAGACACAAAAAAGAUCAGAAACACAGAGGAGAUCCUGAAGCUCCUCCGAGAGCAGCAUGGAGAGUUGUUGAAGACGCUGAAAGAGCGAGAGAAUGUUGACAUGAAAAGGUUUUUCAGAGAGGAGUAUGAUAAAAGCACUCAGAGGUUUUUGGAGGUGAAGAACGUGAAGCAGUUGAUGGAUAUAUCAGACUCUGUCUGCCAACUCCGCGUUAAUGAUUCUGCUGUUGGAUCCGGAUUUCUGCUCUUUGGCAGGUUUAUCCUCACCAAUGCACAUGUUGCUGGAGACUUAGUCCCUCGUUCAUCAAAACUGAAACAACAACUGACAGCUGCAUUCCAUUUUGAAGAUUUGACCUCUGUAGGAAUCGUGAUACCAGUAGAGGAGAACGCUGUUGCUUAUUUGAAGGAAAAAGAUGACAUGGGGAACUAUCUGGAUUUUGCUUUGCUGGAACUGAGCAGUGAUGUAAAACUUCCUGGAUUGCUGAGGUUCUAUGGCCCUCCACCAACCAGGGGUGCUGUCUGCAUUAUUGGACAUCCAGGGGGCGGAGUGAAGCAAAUGGACCCUUGUUUUAUUAUUGCAAAAGAGGACAUUCCACAAGCAGCAGAGACAUACUUUAAAAAGAACCCAAACAUUCAUGUCUUUCAUGUUAUAACACAGCAGUGCUUGACUGAGGACAAGGAAAUGCGUGAAUCCAAAAUCUUUUACCAUUCUUGUUUCUUUCAUGGAUCAUCUGGCUCUCCACUGUUUGACCAGCACUGCAACCUGAUUGGUGUUCACACUGGUGGAUAUGCUUAUGAAGGAGAAAGAAAGAAAACCAGGAGUGUGAUGGAAUAUUCAUUUCCAUUGUUUUACAUUCUGGUGAACAUCUUCAUACAGUCCAGCAAUGAGAAAAGAUCUGAUGUAGUCCAAUACUUUGAGUCCCAAUGCAACAUGAAAUAUGUUGUCCAAGUGGCAAAAGAACAGUUAGAGAGAAAUUCUCAGCCCAUGGACAUUCCAUAAUGAUCAUGACAUCAUUAACCACAUUAAUGACAUAAUUUCUUAUCAUCCUUAAACACACAUUUUCUUUACAGAGAGUCUUGAAAUAUUCAAUCAUUCAUUCAUUCAUUUUCUACCGCUUAUCUGAACAUCUCGGGUCACGGGGAGCCUGUGCCUAUCUCAGGCGUCAUCAGAGAUACACACUUGUCACUGGAGAUAACUAGCACAUAUAUAUUGUAAUGUUUUCUCUUUAAUAACUGUAACAUAUUCAUUCAUACUUUUUUCGUUGGUGGAGGUUCAGAAUUACAAAUGUAAUGAAUUUUAAUUUUUAU